AUGGAGAUGAGGAAUCCAUCAUCCAGCUCAUCAUCCGAAAAGAGCGGGAAGAAGGCGGCGGUUGGGACGUGCGGCAACGGCAAGGGAGUGGGGUUGAAGAAGGGCCCCUGGACGGCGGAGGAAGACGAGAUCCUGUCCAGCUACAUCCGGAGAGAAGGGGAAGGCAAGUGGCGGAUGCUGCCCAAGCGAGCUGGUUUGCUCCGCUGCGGGAAGAGCUGCCGUCUCCGGUGGAUGAACUACCUCCGCCCUUCCGUCAAACGAGGCCACAUCGCCGCUGACGAGGAAGAUCUCAUCCUCCGCAUGCACCGCCUCCUCGGCAACAGGUGGUCACUUAUAGCGGGGAGGAUACCAGGAAGGACAGACAACGAGAUAAAAAAUUAUUGGAAUACACACCUUAGCAAGAAGUUGAUUAGCCUCGGGAUUGAUCCCACUACCCACAAGCCUCUCCUGCUUGCCAACAACACUAAUAAGCCUCCUUCCUCCACCAAAAUACCAUCAAAUAAGCCACCCAGUACUGGAUACCAUUUCCCAAUGCCAUCGUCUACCAGCUGCAACAAAAAUGUCAUGAUUACCACCUAUGAUGACCACCUGCAGCAUCGACAAGGGAAGCUUCCUAUGACUAUGAUGGAGGGAGAUUAUUGUUGUUAUGAUGGUGAUGCCAGCUGCAGUAUUGGUCAAGGCUACCAAGAUAUGAUGUUGAUGAUCAAGGAUUAUUGCGACACUAGGAGCAGCCAUGAGAAUAUUGGUAACGAGGACGAUGACGACGAUGCUUUCUCUUCCUUCCUCAACUCCCUCAUCAACGAAGAAGCAGAGCACCACCACCACCAACAACAACAGCAAGUUCUCGACGCCAAAAAUCCUGCAACUGCAAGUGGCUCCUCCUCAUGA